UGGCAGUGGCGCUACCGGUGGAGUGAAAGUUGUUUGCAUGGGUUGCAGCUGCUUGUUUGCAGGGUUUUCUGGGGUUGAUUCGUGGCCGUGUGAUAAUCCGUCGUCAAAAAUCGGGAUGUUAAGUCGCCUUUAGUCUAUUUUGUGUACCCGAGACCCAGAUACUGCAGUUAACCCACCAGCUGAAUCUUAUUGUGAACAGUUUGUUGGACGCCAGAUAUGCGGUCGCUACUAGAAGCGGUGCUUUUGGUUCUGAGUGGACUGCUAUGUGUUGAGGGCAUCAUGUUCCAACUGAAUCCAAAUAACCACAAAUGUCUAGUUGAGAAGGUCCAUGCCAAGACGCUGGUGACUGGGGAGUAUGAAAUUUCAGAGUUUCCUGGACAAGUUGUGGACUUCCAGGUGGUGGACCAAAAUGGCCAUGUAUUGGCCAACAGAGCAGAUGCAAAGGGGCAUGGAAAGUUUGCCUUCACCACAGACAAGGACACUACAUAUCAGAUAUGUUUUGCAUCAAGGGUCCAUGCAGGUCAAUCUGCCAUGGUCCAUGAAGUCACGCUGAAUACCAAGCAUGGUGUUGAAGCCAAGAGCUAUGAAGGGCUGGCUGAAGCAGCCAAGUUGAAGCCACUGGAGAUGCAGCUGAAGAAGCUCGAGGACAUGUCAGAGGCAAUCGUGCAGAACUUCGCCUACAUGCGUGAUCGGGAGGAGCAGAUGCGUGACACCAACGAGUCGACCAGCUCCCGGGUGCUGUACUUCAGCGUGUUCGGCAUGAGCUGCCUGCUCGGCCUGGCCACGUGGCAGGUGCUCUACCUGCGCCGCUACUUCAAGGCCAAGAAACUCAUCGACUAGCCGGCCGGACGACAGUCGCGGUGGAGGAUCUCCGGGGGAGAGAAAUAGCGGGAGGGGAGGGGCGGCAUCCUCACACAGAAGACUGGGGAUGGGCCUCAGUCGGCACUCAGUGUCACGCCAUGUUAGAACAUUGUGACCCGGGUGGCAGAAACAGCCGUUCGUCGGAGCUGUGGCCAGCGCUGGCUCCACACGUCGAUUGAAGCGGGGGUUGGGUUCGCCUACAGGCCCGUGUAGAGCGCGGUCCAUGCCGGUGCUCCCUCACCACGCCGACGUGUUCACAAAGUCCGCUUUUAAGGAUCGGCCGGACCGCGCGCCGAAUCGUCUGGGGUGCGAGGCCGGCGCCGGGGGAGGUAAGGGUGGAGGUCGUGUACUGAUUGGAGUGACGUGGUCACCCGCCCGCGGGAACUGUAGGGUUGUGAGGACGAACGUCAUGCUACUGGGCGGUGCAAUGGAAAUGGCCUCGCUACUGGCUGUUUUCUAUGCUGACUGGUUGCCGUAUUGUGACGGCCGGUAUGCCUUCAGUGCGGCACCCCUAUCGAAAUGAAAAUAAAUGCUCUCGACGGAUG